AUGAAUGUUAUUAAUAAAGAAAUACAUCAUACAUUAGGUGUUACUGAAGGUGAAAUAUUUAUUGUUGAACGUAUUGUUAAUCAUCGUUUUUGCAAUGGCGAAAAAGAAUAUUUAAUUAAUUUAAUGCAACAUUUUCCUUAUAAGAUUAAUGAUUCAUCAUCUUUAUCUUUAAAACCUAUUGCUGAUAAUAAGCUUCAUCAAUUUGGUGUACAUCAUGAAAUUAAUCAUGCAGAUAAAUCUUCACUAUUAGAUUUACUUCGUCAACAUGUAGUUAUCUUUUCUGUUGAUCUAUGUUUCGGUGCUGUUGGUUUUCCUUCAACAUCUUCAGCUGGUUUUAUUUGGUCAUUAUCAUUAUGUUCGGUUGGUUUACAUUCUUCAUUAUUAUCAAAAAUAAAUUCAUUAUCUUCUGGAAUAAUUAAUUCAACACGAUUGAGCAAUAAUUUACCAUUGAAUUCUUGUUCAUCAUUUCAAAUUUCUUCAUGUUCAGGUUGUUUAUUUAUAACUGGUCCAGUAAGUUGUGGUGGUGAUUUAAAUGAUGUAAAUAAUUCAAUAAUAUUUGUAUUUUUUCACUGUUUGAAUGUUCAAUUUUCUAAAACUGGUCUAAUAAGAUACGUUGUUGAAAAACAAUCAUAUAUAGUAUAUGUAAUCAUUUUUUCUCUUCGACCAAUUGAUAAUGUUGAAUUAUUUGAUGUUAAACCUGCAGCUCAAUUAUUAACCGUACUUGAUAUGUCGAUGAACAUGUGUGCAGCAUAA